CCAGUGAAGUCUGGCUUUCAAGGAGAGAGUGAGAGGGGGGGGCGACGCAUUACGCAACGGAAUCAUACGCCCAUCCUACUGCAGCAGCAUUGCUGCAUUCAUCACUCGCCAUUUUGACCCCGCGUCCCACAAUUUUGGUAACUAUGUCUCUGUUUUCGCUGUCGAUGCUCCACCCUUCAUUCGGCGGAAUUCAUACUAGGUCAUCUGUUGGGUGAGGGAUUUUCAAGAGCUGUUUUGGAGGAUUGCGAUGAAGAAGUGAUGAGAGAGAACUUGAUUGUGUAGGAGUUGGGUUUUUCCCCUAGAGGAAUGUCUCUCGAGUCGCCUGACGCUGUCGUCGUUUUUUAUUAGGAAAUUCUGCAAGGUCACCAGAUAUAUUUAAGACGCCAGUUCGUUCUCUCUUCAACCAACCGCUUUUGAAUUUGAGGGCGGUUGCAUGCUGCUCGUUAUCUUAGCUUCUUUCUUUUGGAGUUUCAGUGGGGUUUAUCGCCGUAGUCGAAGAAGUGGAACCUGCUCGCCUUUUUGAAUUAGGGAGAAAAUUCAGAAGAGUGAAGAAUUGUGCAUAGUUUUUGAGGAUUUGUUCUGCAAUGGAGGAUGUGAUAGAGGAGGAAAUGAUGGCCCUAGAGGCCAUUUUCUAUGAUAGCUACAGUAAGAUUAAUGACAACAGCUUCAGAAUUAGGAUUGAUUCCGAUGUUGAGGAGGAUGCUCCCCCAGCAUUUUUCCUUGAGUUCCAACUGCCGAAAGGUUACCCGGAUGAAAUCCCCAAGUUUGACCUUAGCAACAUAAAUAACAGUAAGUACCCGGAGGCUGUGAAAGCUGCAAUUCUGGAAGGCCUUCACGAACAGGCAGAGGAACAGAAAGGUGAGAGCAUGUGCUACAACCUGGUGGAUUGGUUAAAAGAGAAACUUCCUCAUUUUUAUCGACUCAAACCAGUCGUAACAACCCAGGAAUCGGAUCAUUCAGAUAGCGAGCAUCACCAAGCAGUUGGUGGUGGUAAGAAAGGUGCCCUUGGGAAAGACAAGAUGACGAAAGCGCAGAAACGACGUCAUUUUGACAAAUAUGGAGCAGGCGCUGAGAAACCUCGCGGCUGGGACUGGGUCCCUAUCCUCUCUCAUUUGGGUCAAGUUCCGCACAUACCUUCAGCUUGACUGAUUACGACACUUUACAUUUAGAAGUUUCUAUUAAGAACUUAAAUGUCUCCACGCAUUGGUCGGAGUUUUGUUGAUGGUGUUGGAGGUGCAAUUUAGUAGUAGCGUGAUUCAGCCUGAUUCAUGAACGACCAACAUUUGACCACAUAAAUGUUGUCUUAGUUUUCUGAAUUGGAGUCUGAGGAUUCUGUCAACUUACCACCAAAGUAAACUACGAACUUUGAUCUGUAUGAGUUAGGAUCGUACACGAUAUUGUAGUUAAGAAUGUUCUGGAGAUCAGUGGAGGUUUUCGGAGAACAUCUACACUAUGAAUCACAAGUUACCUACAACCUCUUGUGCAAAUCCCACGUUUCUCUUCAGAACGUUUUAAACCAAUAUUAGACUCCUGGCAUUGACCUGUACUCCCAUCAUGGAUACAUGUUUUAACAAUUGAGUCUACUCAAUGCAUCUGCUUUAUUCA